AUGGCGACGACUCUGGGGAGCAGGGAGCACUGGACCGAAGCAUACAUUGAGGCAUUUAGAAGAAAUAAAUACCCAGCUGACAAAACUACUAACAGUACUGACUUCUGUGGAUGUCAUAAUUGUAUGAAUUCUAAGAAGGAAAAGAAGUUUGCGAAUGAAAGAAGUCAGGCUCAGCCUGGAGAAGCUAGCAUGACCUAUACAGAAGAACAGUUACUUGGGGUGCAGAGGAUAAAGAAAUGCAAAAGUUACUAUGAAAUUCUGGGAGUUGGCAGAGAUGCCAGUGAUGAGGAUCUAAAGAAAGCUUACCGAAAACUGGCCCUGAAAUUUCACCCAGAUAAGAACUGUGCACCUGGAGCCACAGAAGCUUUUAAAGCAAUAGGGAAUGCUUUUGCCGUCCUCAGCAAUCCUGAUAAAAGGUUACGCUAUGAUGAAUAUGGAGACGAACAAGCAACUUUUGCUGCCCCCCAGGCCAGACCCUACAAUUAUUACCCAGAUUUUGAAGCUGACAUUACCCCAGAAGAGGUCUUCAAUGUGUUCUUUGGAGGACAUUUUCCUACAGGAAAUAUUCACAUGUUUUCAAAUGUAACAACAGAUGAUACACACUUUUACCGCCGGCGACACCGAAAUGAGAGGGUACAGACUCAGAAGGAAGAAGAAGAAAAGCCUCAGAAUAUGUAUUCUGCAUUUCUUCAAUUGCUUCCAGUUUUCGUGAUUGUGAUUAUAUCUGUUAUUACUCAGCUGAUGGCCUCAAAUCCUCCAUAUAGUCUGUUCUAUAAAUCGUCCAUGGGGUACACAAUUUCCAGAGAAACUGAGAAUCUGCAGGUGCCUUAUUUUGUUGAUAAACACUUUGAAAAAAACUAUAAGGGGUCAUCACUGCGGGACCUGGAGAAGACUGUAGAAAAGGAUUAUAUAGAUUAUAUCCAGUCAAGUUGCUGGAAGGAAAAACAACAAAAAUCAGACUUGACAAAUUUGGCCAGACUGUACCGAGAUGAACGCUUGAAACAGAAAGCAGAAUCGCUGAAACUCGAAAACUGUGAAAAACUGUCCAAUCUUAUUGGCCUCCAUAAAGGUGGCUGACAGAAUCAUUGGAGGAUUACCCAAAGGCAUGAGUUUUCCUUAGUUGUUCCUAUUUAUGUUACUAAUUCCAUUUUAUAAAAGAAAAUUAGAAAGUCAAGUCCAUUUUUAUGGUUUGCUGAAACUCAAGUGGACAGAGCUAAAAAAAUUGAGCCAUGGAGACAGUUUCCAAUCUUCUCAUAAUUCUUGGUGUAGUUUGAUUCCAAAGGCUAGUGUCAGUUCAUCUAAAUUGAUUUCAUGGGCAUAAGAAUUGGAUUUGAUAAUAGUUCCACAGCAUUCCUGACUACCCUUUGGGGACUCCGUUCCAGAAGUAGAACCAAAACGUAUUCUUUUAUAGGAAGGUAAGUGUAUAUCAUCCAGAAAUAAACAGCUACCACUUAGUCCCGUGCCACACACAGGCUUUAUACCUUUAGUUAUUUAUAGCCCAUACAGCAAAUAAUAGCUUUCUAUCAGUUAGAGAUACCAUUUUGCCCCCAGAUCACUAGGCAAUAGAACAUGUUUAAAGUGAAUUCUUCAUUAUUUCAUGGCCAUGAGAAGGACAUGCUUAAAAG